GUAAAGCAUCUUGUUUUUUUUGGCAAACAGCUGCUGGUGUAGUGUGCGGUACCCUGUGAUGGAUAUAGAAACUUAACUGCUUCUAACCAAGCAACACAGCCCCUAGAUAUUCAACAUCCAUAUCUUCAUCUAUCUACUAACAUUAACAUAUAUAUUAGUACUAUGCUCCUUCAACUUCAUCAUUCUCUCUACCUAUAUUAAUAUCCACUAUUGUUUACGCUUCCAUAUGGCUCUUCUAAUUGUACCUCGUUGGUUGCUGUCCCUUGUUCUUCUCCUUCACUUUCUGUUGUGUUGCUUAGGAGCAAAUGUUGUCACCGUUAAUGUUGCUGCUGCCAAGGGCCUUAUCAACACCGGCUACCUUUAUCUCGAUGUCAGAACUGUGGAGGGGUUUAGAAAAGGGCAUGUAGAUGCUGCUAAGGUCGUUAACAUUCCAUACAUGUUGGAUACACCUAAGGGUAAGGUGAAAAAUCCAAACUUUUUAAAAGAAGUUUCAUCUGUUUGCAACAGAGAAGAUCAUCUCAUUGUGGUAACUCUUAUCUUCUUUCUCACUUUGGAUUUUCAGUUUGUUGUUUCUUUUUUCCAACAUUUUUUGGUCUGUAUUUUAGGGUUGCCAAAGUGGAGUGAGAUCUCUGUAUGCAACUACCGAUCUUGUUGCUGAUGUAAGUGUAGUUCAUCCCUUAUAUUAGAUAAUGUAAAAGCCAUUAUCACUCUGCCUCAAAUAUAUAGCAGAGGCUAUGCUUAUUUGUGUAUUAUAGGGUUGUAUUAUCAUGUUAUGUAUGUGACUUUCUAUGGAUGAGAAGACUAAUAAUUUUGUGUUUCAUGUGAAUUUG